CUGUGAUCCUGUCAAGAUACUCUAAACUCACCUCGACGCCGCCUCGACCCUGCUAUGAUUGAGGUUUCUUGACUCUUAAAACACUCAUCUGUUAACUACGAACCGGAUCACACACACACAGAAGCCCCAUCUUGUUCCACUCAACUGGUCGUUUGUGCCAUUCAACCGACCAAAUCUGGAAUUGGCACUAACACCCGCUUGAAUUGGCUGCCAGCACUGCACCACCACAUCACUGCAUCCAAUCACCCUCGCGACCUCGCGAUCUUGCUCUCUGGCCACAUCUCGCCAUUCCAUCCACCAGUACUUCGCCCACCACGGCGCUGUCGACCAUCCGUCAUCUUGACGACGACGACCAGGGCAAGAUCGACUUGAAUCCUCCACCCCAGUUCUCCCGCUCCGCAGCUACAUCCUCGACUUCACCCCCGUCACCAACUCCUCCUCCUUUCUCCUCCCUUUACUUCCCUUCCAACGCCGAGCUCGAUCGCAUCAGGGCCACCGUCACUGAGAACACCUGCGAUAGUCUUCUUGUCUCCGCUCCGGCACCCUCCUUCGAGGAGGCUCUUGCCGAGGACGACGCCGAGUCCAAGGCCGAAGCCGAAACAAAGGCUGCCCUCCCUCAGGACACCAAGGCCCAGUCUUCCAAAGCCGUCGACGACGAAGAGGCCCCUCCUCCCUAUACAGAGGGUUCAAGUCCGAUCAAUUCCUUCAACUACGUCAUGGCUGCCGCCGGAGGUGCCUCGAGUAUCAUCACACAAGUCCAACAAAGCGCCGGGCCCCCGAUCAAUACCUUGGGUGUCUCUGGAGAAGCUGCCGCAGAUGAACACAUCACCCUGGACCUGAGGGGCACUCAAUUUACCCUCUCUCGAGACGAACUCUUGACCCUGCCGGAAUUUGUACUAUUAUCAUUAUUUCCCAAUGGCCUACUGCCAGACGGCCACAUGAACUCGUUUCAUGAUGGCGACGUCUACCCCGUUGAUUAUGAUCCAGCCUCGCUUCAGUACAUGCUGGGCUUCUUUCGAGAUGUCGCCCAGUCCAUCCCGUCCGCAUCCCCAUCACCCACGACUCCCCCGGAUCAUGACCCCAUCUCCAUGGAGCCCUUACAGGGCUCCACCAAAGAUAUGCUUCAAGACCGAGCAGGAAUCAUUGUCCUGAGAGAAGAUUUGGAUUUCUACGUUAUUCCUCCAAGACCCGAUAUUGAACAGGCCGAAAUGACCGAAGUCAAACGUGCCGCUGGAAAAUCACUCCUCCGGCAGAAUGGCAUCUUUUCCGGCUUGAAGCGUAGUGAGGAGGUGGGCACGACGGAACAACACCUGAUUGAAAUGCUCACUGCUGGUGGCUUUAAUCAUGAUGAUAACUGGGGACAUCGUGCUGGCGAACCUAACAAAGCCGUCAUCUGCAGUCUUGCCCUGGCUCGACUCCGAACCGACAUCAAAGGAGAUCUCGCUGGUGGCAAUGCGGUCGGCAUGGCACAGAAACUACUCUUGUUUUGGCGUAAACCGGCUCGACGUUGUUGGUGGGAAGGCGUCGAGUUAGACGAUGUCGAAGGUGUGGACGGCCAGCUAAAAGUAUGGAUCCGCCGAGUGUGGACCCUGGAGAUGAGCGUUAUUGGCCUGCGAUGACUCGUUACACACGUUGGUCGUGGAUGACACGUGAUCUGAGCAGCGAUUGAUUCAAGAACAGUCCAUGUUGAGAGUUGGCUUGAGUGAUAUCCCUCUGGUAGGCAUUAGCGGAGUAUAGUAUGGUUGGCUGGUCAGAAAAGGGCUUUUGAAAUGGACAGGACGCAGGAGGCAAGGCUUUUCAAUUGCCAGUACAAAACAAGCCACACGUCCCGAGACUGGAGAUUUACCAUGUUUAAUACAUAUAUGUACCGUCCUCGUUACC